AAGGACAUUCCAAGGAAUUCUCUUUGGUACUUGCCAAUAAUACCUCGCCUUCAGAGGCUAUACAUGUCUCGAAAAACAGCUGAGCACAUGACAUGGCAUCUGAAAUGUUGUGGUGAUACAAAUGAAGUCAUCCAUCCAGCACAAUCAGAAGCUUGGAGACAUUUUGAUCGAGUGCAUCCUUCUUUUAAAAGAGAACCCCGUAAUGUUCGAUUAGGUCUUGCCACUGAUGGUUUUAACCCUUGGGCUCAUUCUUCAACCCCUUACUCUUGUUGGCCAGUUUUUUUGACUGUCUAUAACUUGCCACCUGAGAUGUGCAUGCGACCGGAGUUUACAUUUCUUACAUUGGUCAUUGCGGGUCCAAAAAGCCCAGGUAGAAAUAUUGAUGUAUUUCUUCGACCUUUAAUUGAAGACUUGAAAAUGUUAUGGUCAACUGGUGUGGAAACAUAUGAUAGUUAUCGUAAGCAAAACUUCAUAAUGCGUGCUAUGUUGAUGUGGACCAUAACUGAUUUUCCAGGUUAUGGCAUGGUGUCUGGGUGGAGCACACAUGGCCAGUUGUCUUGUCCUUAUUGUAUGGAGAUGACACAAUCUUUCUAUCUUCAACAUGGGCAUAAACCAUCUUUUUUUGACUGUCAUCGUCAGUUUUUAUCCCAGUCACAUCCUUUCAGAUUUGAUCAUACUAAUUUUUUGAAAGGUCGGGUUGAAUUUGGCAAUCCCCCUCCUCAAUUGGAUGGUGUUUCAAUGCGUCAUCGAGUUGAAAACCUUCCUGAUGUGUUGUUUGGGAAACCCUUUGAAAACAAAACAAUUGAGGGUUUUGGAAGCACCCACAAUUGGGUGAAAAAGUGCAUUUUUUGGGAGCUUCCUUACUGGCAGGAUAAUCUUAUUAGACAUAAUCUUGAUGUAAUGCACUGUGAGAAGAAUUUCUUUGACAACAUAAUACACACUGUCAUGAAUGAUAAUAUGACAAAAGACAAUAAGAAAGCAAGAUUGGAUUUAGCCCUUUAUUGUGAUCGAGAAAAAUUGCAAAUGAGAUAUGAUAGAUAUGGUAAGCUUGUGAAGCCUAAUGCCACCUAUGCACUUACCUCAGAAAAAAAGAAACUUAUAUGUGCAUGGUUGAAACAGUUGCGCUUUCCAGAUGGAUAUGCUUCUAACAUAUCAAGAUGUGUCAACUUGAAUGAGUCCAGAUUAUUCGGGAUGAAAAGUCACGAUUGUCAUGUUUUCAUGCAACGGCUAAUUCCAAUUGCUUUUCGUGGUUUAUUGCCUUCUGCAGUUUGGGGUCCUUUGACUGACAUUAGUAACUUUUUUCGUUCACUCUGUUCCCCGAUCAUCAAACCUAAUGAGAUGCAGGAGUGGGAGGCAAAGAUUGUUGAAACAAUUUAUGAUGUUCAAACAAGCUGGAAUCAGCCACCAAGAAACUAUAGUGGUAUUGGGAGCAAUGUCCCAGGUCAGUUAUCCGUAUUUUGUUGCCCUGGUCAAUCAAUAGGUGCACACUCACGUACAAGAUGUUUAAGAUUGGAAGAGAAAAAUGCAGCUGAACUAUAUGUUUUGCUGAAUUGCAAGGAGGUUGAUGGUUGGGUAACGAUGUCUGGAAAUCCAGCAGGUUCAACUAGGAGGAGAUCUUCUUCCUCAGGAUCCCAGGGGCAACGUAAUCGUGAUCAGCCGCAGGGGAAAAAAGGACGAGGUCGGAAUUUGAAAGGUCUACGCCCUCCAGAGAAUAGAGAGAGUAGGACCUGGGUUAAACUUACUGAUGAUAAGCUUCAGUUUGCUGAUCCAUCCAUUCCUCGAGCUAUCACUGCCUUAUGGAAGUCACGUUUUGAUGGCCCAUAUUUCACAUUUGAUCGUGUCCCCAACAACAAGAUUAAUGAAAUUUAUGCUUGUUUCAAAACACUUUACCAGUGGGACCGUGCAGAUAAUCUCCAUGUACGAAAUGCAUUCAUAAAUUGUAUGAGGCAUAGAUGGAGUGAUAAUAUGAGGGACGUGAGGUUGAAGUGGGUGAAGGACCCAUCUUAUAUCCCAUAUUGGAUGCCACCUCAUUUAUGGUCUCAGCUACUGCAUUAUUGGGAUUCUGAUGAAUAUAAGAUGCUUCAAGAAAGGGGAGCAAAGAAUAGGAAUUCAGGGGAGAGAGUGACUCACACCACUAGGUCAAUUAGCUUUGGCAUCCAUGAGAUGCGGAUGACUGAAGCUAGAGGUGGUGUGCAACCUCCACAUCAAGAGAAGUUCAAGGAGACACAUACCUUCAAAAAGAAGGUGGCAACGAAUCAAGAGCCGAUGUGGAUAAAUGAAAAGGCAAAGCACUGACAUCUAAUUAAUUGUUGAUUAAACAAGAAUUUAAGUUAUUGAUAAAUUUAUUUACACUACUAAUAUUUUUUAAUAUUGUUGUUUUGUAGGAAACAUUGUUGAGAGAUAGUAAUUGGAAAUGGUUGCUGGUGCCUUAUAAUAUCAAAAUUGAGGUAAUAUUCAAUUUUUUUG